GUCAGGAGAAAGUUUCAAACAGAGAGAGAGAAAGAAACAGAGAGAGAAGGAGAAGUGAUAGAGUGAAAAGUGGGGGAGAGAAAACUCGGGCAGGGAGGGACAGAGAAAGAGGAAUGGAUAGAGAGAUGGGGGGAUACAUAGAGAGAGAGGGAUAGAUAAAGGGUGGGGGGAUAGAUAGAUAGAGACAGAGGGAGAGGGAUAGAGAGAGAGAGGGAUCCCUACGCCCGCGCUGUUUCUAACAAAGGACCAAGCGGCACAUCAAAGGGAUCGCGAUCCCGAGCUCGGGUCCCGGUUCCCGUGGAUUCACAGUGAUCCCCGGUUGUACCCAGUCAUUGCGGCUGGUUCUCGUUGAUCCCAGAUUCCCUGUGAUUCCUGGUGACUCCCUAUUCCCGGACAUUCUCAGUGAUUCCCGGUUUCCAGUGAUUCCCCGUUGUUUCCGGUGGCUCCUGGAUUUUCCUGAUUGCUGCUUGCGAUUUCCAAUUAUUCCCAGACCCUCCCAACGAUUCAACGUCAUCCACAUUAUUCCUGGCCAUUCCCUAUGCCUGCAGAUUCCCAGGAAUUCCAGAUCCCAGUGGUUCUCAGUGAUUCCAGCUGAUUCCAUAUUCCCAGACAUUCCCAGUGAUUCCCAGUCAGGAUGCGGCUCUCCAUGUUCCUGGCCCUGGUGCGGCCAGUGGGUCCCGUGGUAAUUGGAGUCUCUCUGGGAUUCACACUGAGUUUAUUGAGCAGUGGCUGGGGGGAGGAACCUUGUUCCCAGCCUCGGGAAGGAGCUGGGAUUCGGGGCAGGAAGCCCAGCUCUGUGGCUGCUGUCCCUGGGGGAGAGAGUGAAUCCAAGCAGCAGGAGUUCGAGCCCCGGAUUGUCCCGUAUAAAGCAGCAAAUGUGAACAAACAAGGGAAAAAAACUGUCAGAUCGCGUUAUAUCAGCACUGAGCUGGGUAUUCGGGAGCGUUUGUUUGUCGGAGUUCUCACAUCAAAAACUACUCUCAACACUCUGGCUGUUGCUGUGAACCGCACAAUUGGUCACCACAUUGACAAGGUCCUAUACUUCACCGGCUCCCGGAGCAGGAAGAUUCCACACGGAAUGUACAUUGUAACCCACGGUGACGAGCGGCCGAUCUGGAACAUGUACCAGACAGUGAAGUAUAUCUUUGAGCAUUUCAGCAGUGAGUAUGACUGGUUCUUCCUCAUCCAGGAUGAUUCCUACACCGAGAGUGAUCGCAUCAAACAGCUAGUGAACCACCUCAGCAUCAACACUGACCUGUACAUGGGCCGUCCCCAGGAGUUUAUCGGGGGCGAUGUAGAUGGUCGGUAUUGUCACGGUGGAUUUGGGUUCCUGCUGUCCCGCAGUCUCCUCAUCAAAUUACAGCCGCAUUUGGAAACCUGUCGGAAUGACAUUCUCAGCUCCAGGCCCGACGAGUGGCUGGGUCGCUGCAUCAUUGAUUAUGUGUCAGUCAGUUGUGUUAGUGAGUAUGAGACUCUGCACUACCGCUACUUUGAACUGGGGAAGAAUAGUGAGCUGGAAAAGGAGGAGGCUCCACAGUUCCGGAAUGCUUUCACCGUCCAUCCGGUCGUGGACCCUAUCCAGAUGUAUCAGCUACACAAGCGUUACACUGAGCUGGAGCUGGAGAAAACCUACCGAGAGAUUGAGGAUCUCCAGGAUGAAAUCCGGAAUGUCAGUGGGCUAACGGCUGAGGGCGAGAAGUUCAGCAGUUGGCCUGUGGGGAUUAACCCUCCUUUCGAGCCCCAUACUCGGUUUGAGGUCCUGCGCUGGGAUUAUUUCACUGAGGAGCAGCUCUUCUCAUGUGCUGAUGGCUCGCCAAAGUGCGAGCUGCGAGGGAUCGACAAGGCAGAUGUCAGCAACAUCAUCGAAACAGCUGUGGAGGAACUGAACAAGAAGUACCUGCCCAUCCUGCAGCUGCAGAAGGAGCAGCUGGUGAAUGGUUACCGUAGGUUUGACCCUACGAGGGGCAUGGAGUAUACCCUGGACCUCCAGCUACAGGUGAUCACCCAGAAUGGGCACAGUUGCUCCAUCACCAAGAGAGUGUACCUGGUCCGGCCUCUCAGCAACGUUGAGAUCAUACCCAUGCCCUAUGUGACCGAGGCCACCAGGGUCCACAUCAUCCUGCCCGUCAGUGUCCAUGAGAGGGAGCAGGCCAUUCAUUUCAUUGAGCAGUAUGCUGCCAACACACUGGAGAGUAACGAGAACGCCAUCCUCACUCUCCUCUUCAUCUACAACCCCUUUGAUGCUCAGAGGGUCAAUCAGAACGACAUCUUCAGCAGUGUCAAAGCCAAGAUCAUGGACUGUGAGAGGAAAUACCCAGAAUCAAAGAUUCCCUGGAUUAGUGUGAAGACUGACUCACCAAGCCAGCUGAAAAUCAUGGACGUCAUCUCCAAGAAGCACCCAGUUGACACUUUGUUUUUUGUGGCUGGCAUCAACAUGGAAGUCAACUUUGAGUUCCUCAACCGUUGUCGUAUGAACACCAUCAACCAAUGGCAGGUCUUCUUUCCCAUCCACUUCCAGGAAUAUAACCCAGAGGUGGCCUAUCACAACCAGCCCCUGCCGCUGACCAUUGACCUGCUGAAGGAUUCCGGCCACUUUGACCGCGACUUCUUCGAUGCUGCCUGCUUCUACAACUCAGACUACAUGUCCGCGCGUGGGAGAAUGGCAUCCGAUGUCCUGGAGAAUGAGGAGAUCCUGGAGACGCUGGACCUGUAUGAGAUGUUUGUGAGAUACUCCAACCUCCACGUCUUCCGCGCUGUGGAGCCUGGAUUGCGGCAGAAAUAUAGCCAGCGGGUGUGCGACCCGCGGGUCAGCGAGGAGAUCUAUCAUCACUGCGUGCAGAGUAAUAUCCAAGCACUGGGCUCACGCUCCCAGCUCGCGGUGCUGCUGUUUGAGCAGGAGCAAGGCAAUAGCACCUGAGGGCACCGGGGCGGGGGUGGGGGGGAGGCAGGCAGCCAUUGGCCCAUGUUACUGUCCCAGCUGCUCGGAUCCUGCUCCCCUCACCCUGUGUCCCCCACUUAUCGAACUGAACAAACUAUUCACCUCCAAACAGACAGCGCUAUCAUCAACAGCUCAAAGGGCCCCAGCCUGGUUCAACAACGUGGCCAGCUUCUCUCAAGCUCCGUAAUGACCCGACCCAUUGAUAGACCUCGUGCACACACCGAAAAUCUACUUUUGUCAAAAAGGAUGGGACAGUUUUAACUUUUAACUUCUUCCUCCCCAUUUCGCAGCAAGACUGUCUGCUUAACAGGAAGCUGUCUGAUCUGUGUAAUCCUGGUGGGUUGGAAGAGGACUGAGGUGGGGGAACGUGACAGGGAAGGGGGUGGGGGGAGUGGUUUAUAUGAGUGUGUAAUCAGAUGAGGGGUCAGGAAGGAUGGAAGUGACAGGGAUGGAUGACUGGGAUACAGGGAGAUGAGUGAGUGAUCAGAAGGAGACAGUGAUGUGGUAGAGGGUGUUGGGGAACAGUUACUUUGGGAAUGACCUGUCUGUAAUGAAGAGGUGUGUGUGUGUGUGUGUGGGUGUGUAUGCAUUGUGUGUGUGUGUGCACAUGUGUGUGUGUGUGUGUGUGUGUGUGUGUGUGCGCGCGCGCACGUGUGCCUGUGUGUGUGUGUGUGUGUGUGUGUGUGUGUGUGUGUGUGUGUGUGUGUGCGCGCGUUUGUGUGUGGUAGGAAAGUGUGUGAGACACAAUAAAAUUCAAAGGCUUCUUGCUGAAUCUCACCUUUUUGGUUAAACCCAAGUUGUGUGAAUGUUUUGGGAAGGUCUGUCUCCCUGAGGUUCAUUGAGUUCUCCAUCUGUGUCUGACAAAACUCACCUCAUUAACCACAUGCCCACCUUCCAAAACAAGUUGUCUGUCACUUCCAUCGCAUCUCACGAUGCACUGUUCCCAGAGCAAAUCACCCCAUUCAGCGGAUAUCCCAGAAAUUCACUGUACACUUACACCAUCUUUAAAUCCCUUAGUACAGUGAAACCAGCUCUGUCAGCCCAGAGCUGACCUACACUAUUCCUGACAUUUGACCCUGGAUAUGACAGACAGUGGGAAACUCAGCAGAUCUGACAGCACCUGUGGAGAGAGAGAAAGCAGAGUUAACACUUUGAGCUCGAUGACACUUUCUUUAGAAUGUUCUGAAUAUUAAUAAGGUGAAUUAGGUUGUGAACAAGGCAUUUAACAAUAAUCCCCACUAUCCUGGCCCAGUCAGGAUCUCAUCAGCUCGCUUCUAAAAACAGUGUGAGCGGUGCCGAUGUUCAAAUGGAUCUCAUGGAAUUUCUCGUCUGAUUCUGUCACAAAUCUCCCCGUGGGCCACCUCAUUCAGGCUCCCAGACAAUUCCAUUCUCUAUUUUCACUGCCGUGUAUUUUCUGAGUGCAGUAGAGGGUGCAGGAACAGAGAUGGACACCUGGGUACUGUCUGACCACAAGCUAUUGAAGGUGGUGAGGUGAGUUGAGAAUGUGCUGGAGAAACUCAGCAGGUCUGGCCACGUUUGUGGAGAGAGAGAGAGAGAGAAGAAGUUACUGUUUUGACUGCGGUGACUCUUCUGGAGAAUGACAAUGGGUUUUGUCCUUGUCAUCACUCCCCACCCUCUCAGUCCAGCAAACAGAGGCUCAUCCUGCACCAUUUCCACCAGCUCCAGUGUGCUGCCACCACCGAACAUGUCUCUCCACACACUGCCAGCAUUUCACACAGAUUGUUCCCUCUGAAAAUAUAAGGACAAAAUAAGUAAAA